AUGGAUGCUACACACAGUACUAUCCCUUUCCAAGUCUCAUCCAAUGAAAAUCAAACCUUUCAAAUCUCAUCUCAUGAAACAAGAAUAGAGUUUGAUUUCUUUAAGGACAACAACAAUGACCAUCAUCAUGUUGAGACUCAAGUUGAUGAUCAUAUUCAUACUGAUACACCAUCUUUGUUGGAACUCAAGAUGAGUAUUGGUCCCAAUCCUGUUACUACCAAUACUAGUAGUGAUCAAUCUUUGAUGGAUGAUGACAUGCCACCUAAUUUAGAAGACAAAAAAUUCAAGAGGGAGAUGGCUAUUAUUCAAGGCAAGAUUGAACGAAAGAAAAUGGAGAACUGCAGAUUAAAAAUGAUGUAUGAUGAGCUUAGAACAGAUUACAAUUACAUGCAGAUGCGUUUUGAGAAAAUGAUGCAAGACCAUAAUGUUAAGGAAGUUACAGGAAAAGAAGUAUUUGAUGGAAACUUUAAAGAGAAAAAGAGAACUGAGAAUGGUGGAGUAAUGGGGCCCAUGAAAUUUAUGGAUUUAGGAUUGGCUAGUAAUAAGGUUAAGGAAGUUAAAGGAAAAGAAGUUUUUGAUGGAAAAUUUGGAGACAAAAAGAGAAUGAAGAAUGAUGGAGAAUUAGUGAAAAGGAAAUAUGUUGAUGCUGGAUUGGAUACUAAUAAGGUUAAAGAAGUGUUUAAUGGAAAAUGUGAAAAGAAAAAGAGAACUGAGAAUGGUGGAGAGCUGGUGCAAAGGCAAUGUAGGGAUUUUGUGUUGAAUACUAAUGCUGAGACUACGAUGGAUCGCGAAGCUUCUUCCUCGUUAAUGAGAAAACCUAGAAGAAAGGAUCAAUUAGGAUCGACGAUGAAAAGCAUCGAGGUUGCUUCGAAGGAGUUAGUUUUAAGUAAGAAUGAGAUUGUUAAUGUUGAUAAUGCUGAGGCUACAUUGACAAAAACAAGAGUUACAAUUAGAGCUAGAUCAGAAGAAACCAUGAUAACUGAUGGAUGUGAAUGGAGAAAGUUCGGACAGAAAUUGUCGAAAGGAAACCCGUGUCCUAAAGCUUGUUAUCGAUGUAGCACAUCCCGUGGUUGCUCAAUCCAAAAACAGGUACAAAGGUGUGCUCUGGAUAGAACAGUUGCCAUCACAACAUAUGAAGAAAAUCGUAACCUCCCGUUACCUGCAGCAGCCAAAGAAAUGGUACAAACAACUUCAGCAGCUGCAAAGAUGCUUCUUUCAGCAUCAACAUCAAGUAAUGAUGGACAAUUGAAUGCAAAUUUACUCACAAGAACACCUCUUCCUUGUUCUUCAAGUAUUGCAACUAUCUCAGCUUCUGCUCCAUUUCCAACAAUUACAAUUGAUUAUACUCAAUCUCCAAAUACUCCACAAAGGAACCCAUAUCAGUUUCAAACUCCUUUAAUCACUCAUAGUUCUGCAAAUUCCUCAACUUCUCUGAUCCCUCAAAUACCUAAUCAGAACCAAUCAAAAUUUUCUGGACUACAAAUGUCAAACGAUGCAGCUGGCGCUUCACAACUAUUGGCAAUACCAAAUAUUGUUCAGAUAGUUAAUGCUGCCAUUGCUGCUAAUCCAAAUUUUCCUGCAGAUUUGUUAGCUGCUCUUACUUCCAUUAUUGGUUAUAAUCGGCUAAAUAACAUUGCUGCUGAUAAUCAUGACGACAACCAUGUCACCGAAGGAAAUAACAAUGGUAGCAACAAUAAUGUCGCAGAAGACAAUAGAAAUGGAAACAUCACAGGUAGCAGCAACAAUGAUGGGAAGAAAUAA